AGCAUCGGGAUGGCACUCACAGAUUCGCUGGACGAGCUAAUUACAAGCGGAGCAAUUACCCCUCAGCUGGCCAUGAAGGUGUUGCAGCAAUUCGACAAGUCCCUUGCAGAUACGAUGGUGAAGCAGGUUAGGGUCAAGACUACGUUGAAGGGUCACCUGCAUACCUACCGUCUCUGUGACGAUGUAUGGACAUUCAUCGUGAAGGACCCAUCAUUCAAAAUGGACAACAAUGACUAUGUCAAGGCUCCGAGAAUAAAAAUUAUCGCCUGCAAGAACGGAGAGGCGAUAGAAGCAGGGAGGAAGUAAAGGCGUUCUGUGCCAACCUCUUCAUCCUUUGUCGCUCUAUCCUGUCAUAUUGUAUCAUACAACACUCGCCAGUCAUUUUGUCUUACUUUGCUUACAGAAUGGAUUGCUUCAAUUGUUUCAUCCCCAUCCCCAUAUCCAUCCGCACUCUUGUGGAUCAUCCGGGAUCUUUGUAAGCAGGAGACAAGCAAAACAGCGGAAGAAAAGAGAAGCGUAGUCCGAGGAUCCAGCGAAUCUGCAGACCAAAUCACAGCUUGUGAGAACCCUUGCCCCACUUGAAU